AAUGUUAUCAAAAAUAACCGUAAAGUACGACCUAUUGACUUGUGAGGCGGUGCAGUAAGCAUUUAUCACUUAGCAUAACGAGAGGGUAGGACUUAGGAGGUUACGUGGAACAGAGCGUGUCAUUGAUAGUUCAAAAUGCUAACCGUGAAACAGUUGGUCGUCUCCGCUCCGUUAAUUUUCUUACAAUUUUCGAUAGCAAAUGCGUUUCGAAUAUUCGAUUUGGAUGGCAAAGAAACGAUAUUAGCAUCGGAAAAUGAAAACAUUAGCAUCCAAUGUAAAUCCGAUUUCCCAAUGAGAUAUUGUGGUUUUGUGCAUCCUAGUGGAAAGCGAUUUUCAUUCACAGAUCGCGCAGUAAACGAUGGCAAAUGUGUGCAAAAGAUCAAAGCGACAAAAGCUGACAGCGGCGAAUGGAGGUGUCACAUAGGAAGACAGUCUGAACGAUUGGAAUCGAGCAAGAAAAUCGAAGUCCGAAUAGUGAAUCAAGUGGCGGCUUUGGAACCCAAUAUAACAGCAAAGCUUGGACGACCAAUCACAAUCGCCUGCGCAACUACGAAAGGGCUUAUACCGUUGAGCUACUGCCGUUUCGAACCACCAAGUGGAAGGUCUUUUAACAUCGACUCAUCAGUAACUGAGCAAAAUUCGAUUCUCGGAAAAUAUUAUUACCCAUCGAAUGCCAGCCUCGAUCGUGGCGACUGCGCGGUUACCAUCAUGAAAGUGAAGUACGAAGACGUUGGGCUGUGGAUCUGCGGGGUGGGGCUGGAUGACGGCAAAGAGCAUAUCGACGUUAUCAAACUAGAGGUGGAAGGUAUGUACAUGUCAUCAGCAUCAGCAACCGGCGUCACGGUUGGUGGAAUCCUCAUCGCCAUCGCACUCGUCUCGCUGGGAUACAUCGCGUGGAAGAAACGGAGACUUCUAGGCGGAAUGGCACCUCAGCCAGAAGUGAUUGAGAUUCAGGAAAUUGCAAGGCCAACUUCGGCAAGCCCAAGGCCAGGGUCGGCAGGUCCAAGUCCAAGGUUAGAGAGAACGGUGCCAGCUAUAGUAGUUCAGUCGCCGUCGACGCCGGGCGAGCCUGGGACCUCGCCGCUUAUAUCAAGAUCUCAAAGCCCGAUUUAAAGUUCCUAAGAUAGUUUUAGGUAAUUUGGCAGUUAACUAUUAGUGUCUACACAGAUCGACUGCAAGCUGAUUACAAAAUUGAAGUUGGGAUGCAGUUUUAUUGCAUUGCAACUGCCGCCGAGUGGGCAGUCGGCGUGCAGUUGACACAACUGCCAACCAACUGCAAUAAAACUACAAUUUUGCAGUUGGCUUGCAUUCCAAAUUGUAGUUCGUCUGUAUAGGGGCUUAGUAGUGCUAAUUCACAGUUCACACUGUCUAAAAAUAGUGAUAUUCCUUUCAUUUUGCUUGCAGAAAAAGGAUACCAUAAAUUUUAGUUUAAAGAAAUAUUUUGCAAUUUAGUCCGCAUGAAUUUUAUUUAGGUGUUUUAAGGAUCACGUUGGAAUUUUUAUAAUCGAGAGACAACCUAUAGGUAAAAUGUCAGGUUUCUAAGGAUGAGCUUUAAUAGAGCAUACUUGAGACUGCGGAGAUUUUACUGAGAGUUAAAACGAGAGACAGUUACGUCGCUCAAAUAAAUAUGUCUUGUUUUAACUGUCUUAAGUCAGAGUAAAGUCAAAGUACACUCUAUAGAUCUCAGUAUAAGAGUGUUCUAAUUUCUAAGCAUUAAUGUACAAAUACAAAGGAACCUUCUCUAAAGUACAACAUUUAUUUAGAGAUUUCGAUCACUUUUUUUGUGUACGAAGAGUUUCCAAUAAUUUUUGGUGAUGAACUAACAAUAAAGCGGUAUCUCCUGCACGGACGAGAGAAUCGUAACGAGACCGUCCUACUAUCCUCAGAUAAUCUCCACGGUACGAUAAUUCCGCCAGCGUAUCGUCGCGACUCGCAACGAUACCCCACGAGACCGCAACGGAUCGAUGCGUGACGUGACCGCAACGGAUCGCCGCGUGACGUGACCGCAACGGAUCGAUGCGUGACGUGACCGCAACGGAUCGCCGCGUGACGUGACCGCAACGGAUCGAUGCGUGACGUGACCGCAACGGAUCGCCGCGUGACGUGACCGCAACGGAUCGAUGCGUGACGUGACCGCAACGGAUCGAUGCGUGACGUGACCGCAACGGAUCGAUGCGUGACGUGACCGCAACGGAUCGAUGCGUGACGUGACCGCAACGGAUCGAUGCGUGACGUGACCGCAACGGAUCGAUGCGUGACGUGACCGCAACGGAUCGAUGCGUGACGUGACCGCAACGGAUCGCCGCGUGACGUGACCGCAACGGAUCGAUGCGUGACGUGACCGCAACGGAUCGCCGCGUGACGUGACCGCAACGGCUCGGUGAGCCUCUCAACUGUGGCGGUAUCGCCGCGAGACGGUGCCGUUAAGAGUGACUCGUCGUAUCGCCGCGAAUUAUAUAAUACGAGAUUAUCGCCGCGAUUCUCUCGUCCGUGGAGAUGGCCACGCUUUAACAAAGUAAUUUAAAACAAGUGUAAAUUAAAAAUUUAUA